AUGAAGUCCGGCUUCUACAGCCCCUACUUCAUAGUACCCAAGAAAACAGGUGGGUUACGGCCAAUCCUAGACUUGCGUGCCUUGAACCGAGCUCUUCACAGACUUCCGUUCAAGAUGUUAAUGCCCAAACUCAUUUUCGAAUGCAUUCGUCCCAUGGAUUGGUUUGCAGCGAUCGACCUGAAGGACGUAUACUUUCAUGUCUCCAUUCUUCCUCGACACAGACCAUUUCUUCGGUUUGCUUUCGAGGGGCAGGCAUAUCAGUACAAAGUUCUCCCAUUCGGGUUGGCCCUGUCUCCCCGCGUCUUUACGAAGGUGGCGGAGGGAGCUCUGGCUCCUCUCAGGGAGCAAGGUGUCCGUAUCCUCAACUACCUCGACGACUGGCUGAUUCUAGCUCACUCUCGAGUACAGUUGUGCGAGCACAGGGAUCUGGUGCUCAGACACCUCGCCCGUCUGGGUCUUCGGACCGCUUCAGCACUGGCUUCACGGCCGAGUCCUGAGAUGGGCAUGGCAACAGGGCACGCUCCGAGUGACCAUCACCCCGGCCUGCCGCCGAACCUUCACCCCAUGGUUGGACCUCUCGUUUCUACGGAUGCCUCUGCCACGGGCUGGGGUGCCAUGUGCAACAGACAUGCUGCGUCAGGCUCCUGGACGGGACCCCGACUUCAGUGGCAUGUCAAUUGCCUCGACUUGCUAGCAGUACAGCUUGCUCUGCACCGCUUCAAGGCCCUGCUGAAGGACAAGCACAUUCUGGUCCUUCCCCAACCGUGGAUAGAAACUAGCAUAGAAAGCCCAGAAGUUAGCAAGACAGUCAACAUUCCCAAUUGUUAUGACGAUCUGGCAGAAGUCUUUAGUAAAACCAAGGCCACACAAUUACCCCUCCAUCGUCCUUGGGACUGUGCCAUCGAUCUACUUCCCAAUGCAAUGCCCCCAAAAGGUAAGAUCUACCAUCUGUCCAGAAAAGAAACCCAAGUCAUGGAAGAAUAUAUUGAAGAGGCCCUUAGCUCAGGAUUCAUCCAACCCUCCACGUCUCCAGCUGCAGCAGGUUUUUUCUUUGUUGAAAAGAAAGAUGGAGAAUUAAGGCCUUGUAUUGAUUAUAGAGGACUUAACAAUGUUACCGGGAAAUUCUGCUACCCCCUUCCACUGGUUCCUUCAGCACUAGAACAGCUCCGUGAGGCUACCAUUUACACCAAAUUUGACCUACGGAGUGUAUAUAACCUGAUCAGAAUUAAAGAGGGCGAUGAAUGGAAAACUGCCUUCCUCACCACUAGGGGGCACUAUGAAUAUCAGGUUAUGCCGUAUGGGCUUGCCAAUGCUCCAGCCAUUUUCCAGUCGUUCAUUAACAAGAUUUUCCGGGACCUUCUGAACCAGUACGUAAUAGCCUACAUUGAUCACAUCUUGAUUUACUCAAAGUCUGAAGAUGAACAUAUCAACCAUGUCAAGACCGUCCUCUUUCGUCUACUAGCAAACCAAUUGUAUAUCAAGGCAGAAAAAUGUGAGUUCCAUGUCAGACAAACGUCAUUCCUGGGUUACCAUAUCAGUCACCAAGGAGUAAGAAUGGAUGAAUCUAAGGUCAAAGCAGUCACAGAAUGGCCACAACCAUCCACCAUAAAAGAGCUUCAAAGGUUCCUGGGGUUUGCCAACUUCUAUAGACGCUUCAUCAGAAAUUACAGUAUGAUUGCUUCCCCUCUGACUUCCCUCCUGAACGGAAAGCCUUCAAAGUUGAAGUGGGCUGAGGAAGCCAGCCAGGCAUUCGGUACAUUGAAGGAAAGGUUUACAACAGCCCCCAUCCUGAAACAUCCUUACCCCAAUCUUCCAUUUGUGGUGGAGGUAGACGCUUCGAACUGCAGAAUCGGAGCUGUGCUCUCCCAACGUCAUGGCCAACCUGUGUGUCCAGUGUAUCAACCCCCUUUGUUCCCGUGGUCUGGCGAACCCUCAUCGGUCCCUGCGGUGGACGAUUGGUUCCGGCGUAGUGAGAGGGUGUGGAACAGCGCAUAUGUACGUCUUCAGAGAGCCGUAAGAGUACAGGAACUCCAGGCCAACAGACGACGUCGCCCACAUCCUCCCUACCAACCUGGCCAACGGGUCUGGCUUUCUACGAGGAACCUCAAAUUGCGGCUACCAAGCAGGAAGCUCAGCCCCAGGUAUGUUGGUCCUUUCAAAAUUCUAAGAAGAAUAAAUGAGGUCACAUAUCAGUUAGAGCUUCCUGCUAACUAUCGUAUCUCUCCAUCCUUUCAUGUUUCACUCCUCAAACCGGUCCACCCGGAGGCUGACCCCGACAAUGAGGCUCGAGAGCCGCCACCGCCGCUGGAUGUUGAUGGAACCCCAGCUUACAAGGUGAAUGAGUUACUGGACUCAAGACGGAGAGGGGGUCAGCUUCAAUAUUGA